AUGAACAAAGUUUUGAAAUCUCAUAAACACAAUAUCUCCGAUAUAAAUGAACUUCAAGCUACAUUAAAUAGUAAAGCUGACAAGAACCAUACACAUGAAUCCUUCACUACUGUUAGAGCAGACGACAUAAUAUUGAACUAUACCCUUGGUUCAAGUGCACCUUUAGAGAAUCCAAGUACAAGCGUAAAAGAUACACUAAACUCCUUAAAUAGUAAAUGUAUGAACAUUGAAGGUCAUGCCAGAAACUUUGAAACACAUGAACUACCAGCAAUGUUAGAUAAAAAAGCAGAUAAAGAACAUACACAUAAAUCCUUCACUACUGUUAGAGCAGACGACAUAAUAUUGAACUAUGAUUUGGGUUCAAGUGCACCUUUAGAGAAUCCAAGUACAAGCGUAAAAGAUACUCUUAACAAUUUAGAUAACAGUUGCAGGAAUAUCGAAGAUCAUGCCAGAAACUUUGAAGCAUAUGAACUACCAGCAAUGUUAGAUAAGAAAGCAGACAAAACAGAGCUUCAAACAUUAAAGACUGAAAUACUUCAAACAUUAUAUCCUGUUGGUUCUAUUUAUACGUCAAUGAAUUCAACAAAUCCAGCAACAGUUCUGGGCUUUGGUACGUGGAAGCAGAUUGUAGAUAAAUUCUUAUACUGUGCUAGAUAUUCAAAGCAAACAGGAGGUUCGAAGAAAAUUAAAGAAGCAAACCUUCCACCGCACACUCAUACAGGAACUACAAACACAACAGGUAAUCAUUCACAUUCAAUAACAAAAAGAGGUUAUACAAAUCUUGCAGCAGGUUCGGAUAGACAGGGAAUGCAUAGAUAUGAUAUUUCAAGUGACCCAGUAGAUUCAAGCGCAGGUAUUUUCUGUGGAACCACAGGAAAUCAUUCACACACUUUCACAACAAAUCCAACAGGCUCGGGUGCAGAUUAUAUGCCACCAUUUGUGACUAUAUUCGCAUGGUACCGCGUUCAAUGA